AUGGGCGAUCUCGUAUUUCGCACGCUUCGCAACCUGCACCUGCACCUCCUCGAGAACGUGCAGAUCGACGCGCAGCAGGCGAGCGUCGAGCGGCAGGUGCUGCGCCUCGACGACGAGAAGGCGCUUCUCGAGGCGGAGCGCGACCUGCUGCGCCGCGAGCACCUGCUGCUGCGCGCCGACGAGGAGGCGCUCGAGCGCGUAGAGGCGGAGCUCCGCGCGGAGAAGCUUGCGCUCGAGGCGGACCGCGACCGCCUCAUGGCGCAAGGGCAGUACCUCGCCGCUGCUGCCGCCGCCGCCGCCGCCGCUGGAAGCGAUGGGGGGAGCAAGAGGGGGAGCGGAAGCGAGCCCGGCGGGGGAGGGUCGGGGGAGGGGAGGGGGAAGAGGGGGGAUUGCGCGGGGUGCGGGGAGUGCCUGUGCGCGGUAGAGGUGGUGGAGGCGGAGGGGCAGCUGGAGGCUUCCGCGUGUGUGGCGGGGACGCGGUGGAAGGGCUCUGCCGCCGCGUGGGGAGGUUUGCGCGGAGAGCACCUCCGCGCAACGGGGGCUUGCCCGCGCGCCCUUGCUGCGCACGAGAGCGGCUCUGCUUCCGCGCGAGAGAGCUGCGCGCCUGCUGCUUCCUGCGCGCCCUCCGCUUCUGAUUCGCCCCUAGAUGAACCGGCAGGUGCGCCCGCGCGCAGCACCCCACUCGCAGCAACAAAAGGAGACGAAUGUGUUGGCGGGAAAUGGCGGCUGAAAUUCGAAGCGGCGGCAGCUAGGGCUGCUGACACGGCUGGCCUGGCUGAAAGCCUGCUGUUCGACAGGUCAGCACGGCCGGCUGCUGACGUGGCGGGCGCAGGUGGAAGCCUUCUGUUUGACAUGUCAGCACGGCCGCCAGCAACUGAGUCAAGCCGGUCUGCGGAGGAAGGAUGGAUAAAGACGAGUGGUGCGGUGGGAGCAGAUGAAGAUGAACCCAGGGGCAGCGGUGCACAGGCUGCGGUGGCGUGUGGGCGUGCAGAGGGGCCAAGUGGGGCAGAGGGCGUGGUAACUAGUGGGACGGGUGCAGAUGCAGACGAGCGGCUGGAAGAGCAGACGCGGCAGGUCCUUUCUCAGCCGCAGGGGCAAGAGGAGCAGGAAGAGGAACAGGCGGGGCAUUCGCAGCAGGAAGAGCAGCAUCGGCAGCAGCCACAGCAGGAGCAGAGGCAGGAGCGGCCCCAGCCGGCGCCAGAGGCGCUGGCGUCGCAGCUAGGGCGGCUGGUGCAGCGGGAGCAGGUGGUGGUGGCGCUGAUUCAGAAGGCCAUCGCGCAGCACAAGGUGGUGCUGGCGCGCUGCGACAUGGCGUCCGUGCGCUACGAGACGCUCAUCGUGCGGCGCGAUGCGGUUACUGCGCAGUACAACCUGGUGCUACGGCUGAAGAAGCAGAUGAUCGAGGAUAUGAAGCAGGAGACAUGUGGGGAGGGCGGCAGUGGUGGAGAUGUUUGA